AUGAAGAUUAAUAGUUGUUCUUUUGUUGCAAUAUUCUUGGUCCUUUUUCUUGCUGAAUUGUUGGUGACAGAGUCACAACAAACAACAUGCAAUGUCAUGGAGCUGGUCAGUCCGUGUGGCGCGUCGUUCAUGAGUUCACUGCGACCCCCUCCAGCAUGUUGCGACGCGAUUAGAAAGCAGGAUCCUAAGUGCCUUUGUCAGUACCUCAAGAAUGCUGCCUAUCAGCAAUAUGUCAACCGCGCUAGGGUUGAGAAAGCUUUAAGAGACUGUGGUAUAUCCAUGCCUAAUU